AUGGGUUGUUGUUCUUCAAAGGAGAUAGAUUCUAAUGAAAAAGAGCAAAAAUCUACAACUAUAGAAUUUUUGAGGACAGAAAUUGACGAUGAAACAGAAAUUAAAUCAAAUCCUGUAAAUAAGAGAAGUCUGACUAUGCCGAAGCUGCCACUGCGAAGGCGUUCGAGAAAUUUUUCGUCUAUUGAAAGAAAGCCAAAGAAUCUUAAAUUGCAAAAAGCCCAAUCAGCAAACCCAAGCCCACAAAAUACUUCUAGAAGCCCAAGUACACGUUUUUUUAAGAAAUUUUCAAAGACUCCUUUAAGAGAGCAUUUUUCAACUAUUAAAAAACGGUUACUUGAUUAUACUGAUAGCAUUUCCUUAGUAAUCGAUAAAAGAACUGGGAUAAAAAAAAUUAUUAAAGAAGUCAAAAAAUCAGCCAUUUUUCAGGAAGUGUAUGAUGAUUUUAUUAAAGAGAUUCAAAAAUUUCAAAGCCUUGUAAAAUUAAUUUAG